AUGACAACCAAAAAUCUACUACUAGUUUUUGUUGCACUUGUUGCUCUAAGUCCAUGCAAUGCAUUCACACUUCUCAAAGAAGAUCCAAUUUGUGAAAAUGUGAAUGCUUGUUUUGAAUAUUGUGAAAAUUUUGUAGAUGGAAUUACUGGAUCUCCAUCUCAGGAGUGUUGUGACAACUUAAUGAUAUUGAAUGGCAAUGUAAAUGACGAGGAUGAUGGAGUCCGUAGAUAUUGUUCAUGCAUCGAAGAUUUCAGCAAUAACCACGAUCAUCCUCCUUAUCUCCAGUCACGAAUCGAACUACUUAAUCAAAUAUGUAGUAUUCAUCUUAAGUUCCCCAUCUCUGAACAUAUGGACUGCUCUAAGCUUUAGUAAGAGACUUGUGUUUGAGGGAAGCUAUAGUAUGUAUGUUCGUUCACCUAAUCCAUUAAAUUAAAAUGGCCUGCGAAAUUAAUGUAUACGUACGGCUGAAAAUAUAAUAAAUUUAUCUAGCUAUUGUAUACGAUCUCAAAU